AUGUCAAGAGCAGCACAAGAUGUCCAAAAUAAUAAGGAAUAUUACGAGACGAUAUAUAAUAACAUUUACUUUAUCUUAUCUCAUGCAAACUCUCUAAUAUUUAUUUUAUUUUCAUUACUAUAUAGUGAUACAACUAUUAUGCUUGUGUCAUCCGAGUUGCGUUAUAUAACAACAUUCUAUUCAAUUAUCGCCACAAGACAGAAGCAGUAUUAUAAUUACAUUAUAACGGUUAUGAUUUUGAUGUGCCAAAUUUUUACAUUGUCGAAAUCAGCACAGGAUGUUCAGAAUAAUAUAGACCAUAUGAAACGACGGUUAUGCAGAUAUACUAUCCAAUCAAUCAUUAACCGGAAGGAGUACAAAGCGUCAAGGAAUUUUUUUCGACAACUCGUUACCCGGCCGAUAUCCAUUCGCGUGUUUGGCUUUAUCAGUGUGGACAUGACCUUAGUACCGACAUGUAUCGGCUUCAUCACCUCGUAUACUGUUAUUGCUUUGCAGUUCAAUAAUGUUAUUUAG